UUGAACAUCUAAAUAUCGACAUAACCUCAAAAAGCCGAGCUCUUACAGUUGGAUAACAAAUUAAACUAGAAAACAUUGCUGAAACUGUGUAAAAUACUGGCUAACAACAAUACAAAAAUAUCAAAAUGAAUAUAGCCCGGAAAAUCUGUACGAUUCGCAACCAAAACCUGACCCGACCCUUCGUUCGAAAACUUCGACUUUCCGCUUCUAAUUUUGAAUCUUCACAAGCUACUCAGCCACAAGUAAAAGAAGAUAAAUUCGAUUUUGAAGAUAUAUCCAUUUUAGAACGUACCGAGCGCAGGAAGGCGAAAAUCCCGCCAUUUAUGAAAGAUGUUUUCGUGUCGGUUUUCAACAGGGAUAUGCUUGCUUAUCCCGAAGUAAUUAAUAAAGAAGAAACUGAGCAGCUAGAAUACAGAUUAUCAGCUCUUGAUAAAGUGUUUUCUGAUAAAGAAAAGUCAAGAGAUGAUCGUGUAGAAGCUUUGAAAAAGACUAAAAUGUAUGCAGGACCAGUGAGUCUGACUAAAGGAGGUUUGGCUAUGAACGCUACUGAAAGUUUAAGAUAUUUAGAAGUCAUAGCCUCUGACACACAACUCGGUCAACAGAUAAGCGACCACUGGGUGGCUCUUGAAGCCCUAAAGAUCGGUCUCACCUCGGACCAGUACCAGCAAAUCAUAGAUGACUUGACGUCUGGAGAGAAGACCAUAGGGCUGUGUAUUAAAGAGAAAGUUGCUGAGAGGAUCACGCAGGCUGACUUCCGGACUACAGCGGAGAUGGAUGGACAGGGUAUAUGGCGAAUAUCAGGGGAGAAGCUGUGCUAUUACAACGAGGGUUAUCUGCUAGUGUUAACGGUCACAGAAACUGGUCGGUUCAAAGCCUUGCUGGUACACCCUGGCGCUCAGGGCAUCACCAAGGACGGGGACUUCGUUAGCUUCAUUAAAACCCCUGGCACACCGCUGGAACUGGCCAGUGACGCCCAGCUGGCUCAGACCCUGGGAUUGUCCCGGCUGCACGCGGCCACCUUAAGCCGCAGCAAUUUGACCAAGACUCUGCACGUGUGUGGGGAGUACGUGCAUUCCAAAGUGUUCUGUGGGAAACCAUUAGCGGAGCUAUCAACGAUUCGCCAAGCGUUUGGCUUGGCCCUCCUCGACAUAUAUGCAAGUGAGAGCGCCGAGUACUUCACAGCCGGCCUGAUGGAUGCUUACGAGGAGCCCGACACCGAGCUGGAGGCGGCUAUGUGCAGAAACUUCAUGGCAACACACGCUAUGCCCUCGGUGCUGAGCCUGCUGGCGAUCCCAGCGCUGGAGUGGCCAAGCGUGAGCGGUACUCUGCUCGACGAGGCCAGACAUCUGAUACUACGUGGGGAGACUUUGCAUAGCGUUAAUAUGUUCAUAGCCCUCAACGGCAUCCAUCAUGCUGGCAAGCUGAUGGCGCAGGAGGUGAAGCAGGUCAGGAACCCUCUGUUCCAUCCCACGUUCAUCAUCAAGAAGGUCAUCGCUAACAGACUUCAGGAGAAAGACGCUCCCAAACUGACACUUUACCUAGCAGAGCACCUUCAUCCCUCUCUACGCCAACCGGCUGAGCAGCUGGAGUACUGCGUGUUGCGUAUGAAGUAUGCCUGCGACACGCUCAUGACCAGACACGGACAGGACAUUACCACGGCUUACACAGAGCUCGACAGGCUAGCUGAAGCGGCGACUGAAAUUCUGGCUAUGACAGCCGUGUUAGCCAGGGCAUCAAGAGCCUACUGCAUCGGCCUACGCAACGCAGAAGUAGAAAUGAAGCUGGCCGCUUGUUUCGUUGAGAGAACCAAAGAUAAAGUCAAGAAACUGAUUCUGGAAAUAGACGACGGAGAGUAUUUGAACUUCGAUCAUUUCACAUUGCAAUUUGGGAAGAAAAUUCUGGAUACCAACACUACCCUGGUUGAGAAACCUACUGCAAGAGUUUACUGGUAGAUUUGUAGGUUAUAUACUUAUAUAGGUUAAAUUAUAUAUUGGUGCUAAAUCCUGUAAAUACCAUCUAAUUUUAUUUUAAGUUAUAUCUGUCAUAUUCUUAUCCGCCGAAAAGGAAAGGGACGGGUACUCGACAAGCAUAAAAUUUAAUGAACACACGUCAAUUUUAAGCACAAAUCUAAAACAACCGUCUUAAAAAUUUUAACAUCAGUCAAUAACCCGACACAGUUAAGUACACAGCACGUCAAACGGAUUGCAUACCAGCGACAUACCUUUUUGAUUCGCCCGGGUUAUUCAUUCAUUUACUCAUUCUUUCUAAAAUUAAGAGCUGUGAAUCAUCCGUCUCUUUCCUUUUCGACGGAUAUAACUUAAAAUAAAAUUAGGCGGUGUCUGCAGGAAUCGGG